GUUUGAAAGUGUACCAUAAUGUCUGGUCACCUGCUACACUGGCUGGAAACAUUUGUCCAUGUUUUGAUAGUUAUAUGGAUACGGUACUGUAUUGUAGUCCACUGAAGUGAGGAAUGACACAUGUGUGUUAUUGUACCUUUUACAAGAAACGGAAUUUGAUUGGAUUCCGCGGUUUAGUCUCUCAGCUUCCUCCUUUGCGUGUUACUCUUUCCGUGAAUUUUGGUGCAUGAUUGCUGCGUGCUCUCUCACGAUGGGAGCUCGUGUCAGAGUGGUGUGCCCGUUAGUUGCAGUGGAAAUCAGAUUUUGUUUCAACGUAUAUCGGAUUGCUGCAACCGACCGGGAAAUGUUGCUACCCGAAGGAAUCCGAAUCUAGAGUGCUUCGAUGCUGAACUUCCGUUUGUGAAUUUUUGAAAACCUCUUACGGAGCACAUCAGCAUAGGCAGUAAUUCCCUGGGAAACGAUUACUGGUUGACUUAAUGCUGCAUUUCUUUUGUCUUGCAAGUUCAUCGCAUAUUAUCCCGCUCAGUGUUCUCAGCUUUCGUCGGUCUUGUCCUGAAUUUAUCCUCCGUUUUCUUUUGUUUUUUCUUCAGCCGCGUAAACCGAAGUCAGUUCUGUUCCAAUUGGCUUUCACUCGAAUGAUUUUGAAACGGUCUCCUGAGAAGUGUGUUGCCGAACUCGGAUCAUGACAACUGGCAGCUCCAGUUUUUUCGAUCCCUACUGCGACAUUCUAAUCUUCGGAGUUAAAGAGGGUGCACCCGGAGCUCCUAAAAUAUUGGACUUCCCGAAGGAGAAAGUUACUCGUUCCACGACGUGGAAAGAAAUCCUAGAGCUCGAGCAAGCCCGAGUUGUGUACCCUUCAGGUGAACCUCCAGCAGAGCCAUCGAAGCCUCGAAAGCGCUGCAAGAGAGUUUCUAACGCAUGCCCUGACGAACGCGCUACCAAAUGCGCUAGACUCAUCAUAAAGGAUUGUAAGAAGUCGUCGCAGGUAGAGUUAGCCGCAAUGAUCGAAGCAUUUGAUGAUGACUUGCCUGAUCCUCCAUUACAUGAACCUCGGGCGGAAGGAUUCACCAAGGUAGAUGAUCGAAUGGCCGUUGCCAAGUGCAAGACGAGGAUUCCUUACACAAACAAGGAUGAUGUCAAAAUCAUAGAUGCAGUUAUUGAUCUGUCUUCGCAGUAUUCCACCGGUGGGAACACCUUGUGGCAAGUUAUGGAAAAGCAGCAGUUUCUUCCAGGUAGAACGUUUCACAGCCUGAGGAAUCGCUUCUUCAAGUCAAUUUUGUGCAUGGAGAGCGGGAAAUUUUUGGAAUGGUUCUCUUCAAAGGAUUUGCGGAAGAUUGGUUUCACCGAUUGAUAUUUUCGUGAGCGUUUGAUGUGUUCUAACUGUACUUUGUUUGCCGAUUCGUUUAUUUUUUAUGUGACUUGGCGUUAGCUAUCGUGAUAAAAAUCAUUUCCUGGCCAAACGUGUCAUGACGUAUGCGGUUUGACAGUGAAUUUAAACGGAGACUGUGUGAAUUGUGCAAAUGGUCAUGAUGAAUUUCAAUAGCAUUGAAGGUGCGGGAAUAGCGAAACUGUCCAUGCGAGGGAUUCUUGGUUUACCAGGGCUUAUGUUCGCAUCCUUGUUGCUGCAGUAGGAUUUCUGGGACAGAUCCGCUGAAGCAUAAGUAAAUUUUCCUAAACUCCGACGAGGGAGUUGGAAAUUUCAAGAAUGCCUUCUUUUUGAAGCUCGUACAGUGCAGUAUUUGAGAAAGCGUUCACAGAAGCGCUGAAGAAGCACCCAAUCAUGAGUAAGAUGGGGUAGUUCGAAGUUUUCAUUUUUCAAGCGUUUAAAGAGAUGAACAAAGCCAUGGAUUGAGAAGCGCCAGAAAAUACAGAAAUCCGAAGUGGAUUGAUGUUUUUGCCUGAUGAAGGCACA